AUGGGAUCGGAAGAAAAAGUUGUGCCACCCGCUCAGCCACUGCUCUACAGCCAGAUUCCUUUCUAUCAGACUAAUCUUACGGACACGCCAGUGAUCGUUGAUAUGAUUGAGGAAGUGCGCGAAGUUUGCGAGCGGUAUACCGCAAACGGACUUUCAAACUUUCCAUCAGGAAUUGCCUUUACCUUCUGGGAGCAAUACCUCUCUUUGAGAUGGAAUCUGUUCUGUGCCAUCUGUAUCAUCGCAUUUGCUGUGUUCGCUGUCAUUUCGAUAAUGAUGUUCAAUCCAUGGGCUGCUGCUAUGGUGAUGGUGAUUGUCGUGAUUGUUACCAUCGAGCUUGGAGGUUUUAUGGGCUUACUAGGUGUGAAGAUGAAUCCAAUCUCUGCCGUUACUCUCAUCUGCGCUGUCGGAAUCGGUGAGUUACGCGAUAGUCAAAGGAAUUGCUCACGCAAAUAUUCUAUUCGGACCUUUGAAAUGGAUACUGCUCAGAGGCCCGUUAUUAAGGCACCGUUCACCAAAAUUUUGAUGAUGCAUAAUGGCGGUGCCCUUGGUUAAGU